AUGAACAACAACAAUAACAACAAUAACAACAAUAAUCAUAAUGCCGCAGGGCUGCUCUUGGCGGCGCAGCAACAACAGCAGGGUGGCCAUGUAGACAUACCGGCACACGAUGACAACGUGGACGAUGAAGAGGAGGAGGACGACGGCAUUGAACGAGACGCCGACGGAGUCCUCGAUGGUGGCGUGGCUGGUUCCUCCAACAGCUCUAGUGCCGAUGAUAGCUCCACCACCGCUGCCGCACGACGUCGUUCGGCGGAUUGUGACUUGCUAUUGUUCAUUGUAUGCGGCGAAAACAUGGACGACAUUGCUCCCAAACAUCCCAUUCUGAAAGAAGGCGUUGUAGUCUCUAUUGGACUGGACAAAAACACGAAAUUGGGCGCUGUCUUUCGUCGCUUUGCGGAGUUUUGCAAUGAGCAUUCCAAACACAAAGUGGAGGAUACGGACUUGGAAUUCUUCCACUGCCAAUUGUUGAAUGGAUCAGAUACGGCGGAGUCGUCGGCGUUGAUGAAGAACGAUCGAAUCAAAGUACGAAAAGAACGAGCUGCUGACCGACAAAAUCAGGCGGAGCUCAAACGUCUACAACGUGAUUCCGACAAGGAAUACUUCAAACAACUACAGCAGCUCAUGCCCAAUGGGGGCGCCAACAAAGAUUGCGAUGUGGUGUUUGAUUGCCAAGGAAAAAUCCCAGACGACAAUGGAUUUCGACAACAAGUACUUACCUCCAAAGUGAGAGGACAUUCUGUCGUUUUGGGCAAGCGAUGCAAAUGGCUGGGAGAAUUGAUUGAUACGGCGAGAAAAGAACGUGCCAAUCAUAGUGUCUUGACGGAGGAUCCACCCGCGGAUGACAUUAUCAACAUCAAUAAUUUGAGCGAUGUGGUCGUCAAAGCGGAGGAGGAUGCGGACAAUUCGCCACAGAGCCAAAAUAGAAUUGACUUCCCUACCGGACACAUUGUCGCCAACACCAGCUCCACGCUGCCAGAUGAAGAUGGACAGCCUCCCAGACGCAAUGGUGACACGGAAGAUUACGAUGAAGACGACGAUGAAAUGGGAGUGCUUCCAUUUCCAAUGCCUCAGAAUAGACCACAAGCCGUUCACCGGGGUGGUGCCACCGAAAUUGAGGACGACGACAACGAUGAAGACGAGUCCGACGCGGACUCGAUGGGAGCUGUUGGUGGCCACUCACGAGAUCGUGUGGUGAGAAACAGUUUUGUUUCCCGGGAAUCGACGCAGUCGGAUGAGCUGGUUGUCACCAUCUCCAAGCAUUCUCCUCAGGCCAUGAAGCUGCUCCUGGAGUAUUGCUACAGCAACCGUGUCAUUCCGUUGGGACACGAUGCAUAUGUACAAGCUUGUCGAACCAAACCGGUCAAGCCCAAUGGUCCAGUGGCACCGUAUUCGUCUUCGAGGCGAUGGCCAAACAAUGGCGCCCCGCAGGUGACUUUUUCGGUUGCGUUGGCAGGCAUCUCGUUGGCGGAGGAGGCUGGUUUGCGACGUCUCUCGCUCAUGUGCGAGGUCGCGGCAUCUCAGCUGGUCAGCAAUGCAAACGUUGUUCAUGCUUUAUCGGCGUGUACCCAGCAACACUCGUUGACAGGCAACUCGCUUCCACGCCUUCGAGAGGUUGCCAUGAGCAUCAUUCUGAGAUUCGGGCCGCGUGGCUUUUACGACAUGCCUGUCUUUCGAAAGGCACUCGAAGGACCAACAACCUCCAUCAUUCCGACACUGCUCACGGGAACAGUGGAAGCUAUGGCCACAAACGACAAACAAAAGAACGAAAGCAGCAAACUAUCGGGUCACAAGCGGGACUUUUCUGCGAUCGCGGACAGUUUCUACAAAACAUGCGACCGAGAAGACACGCAUUCUAGAGAAAGCGAGCGACGGAUGCGUCGUUUGGAACGAGAUGGAAAGGCUCCAAGGCAACCCGCUGGAGUUCUGGUGAAGACCGAGGACGAAGACAUGUACCUGGAUCAGGUCCAUUCUUCCAGCUGGGCAGCCGAAUCAGCGAGGCGAAGUCUGAAGCGAAUGUCCCACCACGUAAACAUUGGUGGUACCUUUCGAGUGGAUAGAACUGGAGUGUACGCUACAACAUCACGAGACUCUGGGGCAGGGGUCUAUCCGACGCGAAGACGCAGUUCUCGACGCCGCUCUUCUGAGCGCAAGUAG